AUGUCGCUCGAAAGAAGCGACUCGGGUCAACCCCCCCGCUUCCUCCUCCUCCUGCCGCCCGCCCCUUCCAAUCCCACCCACGCCUCGCUCAAAUCCGCCUACAGCAGCACCAUUAUCCAAGUGCUCCAAGAAGUCGCCCUCCACUCGCCCGAAUGUGCCUCGCAAGCCGCAGUCCUGGAAAUUGGCCUGGCAUGUCCCCACCUCGUCGGUCAUCAUCAAAAGUCCCGAGCGAGUCUCUAUCAUCAAACACAAUCUCUGCUGGCGGGAAUCUACAAACUCAUCACCGUUGUGGCCGCGCAGGAAGGGAUUAAUGUCGAGGAUGCGGAUGGCGUGGAUGUGAGGGUCAUCUUGGUCGCGUGGGAUGGAGAGCAUGAGGAUGAGGUGGUGGUGGGGAGGACGCCGUAUGGACCCGUCAUUGAUCUCCCCACCCUGGCCAAGAGCGGGCGACAAUGGCAGUUCGCGUUUGGGGUGGAGACGGAUGAAGGAGAGAAAUUCCUUCGAGCCUUCGUUACUGCCAAGUCCAGCACAGAAGAAGCCUCUUCUUCAUCAAAUCCACCCUCCACAUCACCUCCAUCAUCAUCGUCAUCAGACAAUGCUACGCGCCGCCACAACAUAGCAGUGGGAGGGACAUGGGACCACCUGCACGCCGGCCACAAACUCCUCCUAACCAUGACCCUCUUCCUUCUCGACCCUCGCAUCGCCUCCAAACCCUUCACCGCCACCAUCGGCAUCACAGGCGACGCCCUCCUGACCGCGAAAAAACACGCCCACCUCCUACAAUCCUGGACCGAGCGCCAGAAAUCCUGCGCCACCUUUACGAAUUCCAUCGUCGAUUUCUCCACCACCGCCAGUUCUCAGGGAAGUCGCCAGGUCAGCAUUCGAGAUGAUGCGGGGCCGAAUGGGAAGGGGGUGGAUAUUACGUAUCCGAAUGGCUUGGUGGUGAAGUUUACGGAGAUUCAGGACCCUUUUGGUCCGACCAUCACCGAGCAGGAAAUCGAAGGAUUGGUCGUGAGUGGCGAGACGAGGAGUGGUGGGAAAGCGGUGAAUGAUAAACGGAAGGAGUUGGGGUGGAAGGAACUGGAUGUUUAUGAAGUGGAUGUGUUGGACGCGGGGGAGGAGGGAGAAGGGAGUGUCAAGGAGGGUUUUGAGAGUAAAUUGAGUAGUUCGGCCAUUCGGGAGAAGUUGGCGGGCAAGGACCGGGGGAAGAUGUGA